AGAGUACGCCGAAGCGUCAUCCUCAACUUAAUUUAGUGAUAUUUGAUACUAUUUUCGCAGUUCGGCCACUAUUGAAGGCGAAAUGUUAUUUUUUGGAAGCUAGUUUUUGUUUUUACAUGUCUUUGGAGGCGGUUGUUACUGCGUGGCAAGCUGGCUGCGAGAGUCUCCUAACUGGCCGCUUGGUCCCGCAGCUUGUCGAUGCUGAAGAAAAUAGAACCAGUUGCCAACCAAGCGGUCGGCACCCAACGUUUGCUCUGCGCGUCGCUGUAUAUUCGCUGAUGAAUCACAUUUAAAGUUUGAUUUACAGGGUGUUGACUUUUGCAGCUGCUUGGAUUUUGGCUUGUUUAUACGUUAAUGGUAACAUUGUUUUGCGGUAGACUUGGGUGGCUAACACCAACUAGCUAUAUAACCCGAACUCGUGCGACGACAGCUGUCAUUGGAGAAAGGAAAGUGAUCCCCACAAAUGCGUGUGCAAGUGAAGCGGUUUUCUGUUGGAAUUACAUCAUCUGCCUUUCCAUCAAAUGGGCAAAGUUGGGAAUAACAUUGCAACGUUGGAAUAUAAUGAUAUGCGUGAUGCAUUUUUGAGAACUGCGGUGUUGCUUCAUUGGAGAGAGGCUAGCUAGCUCCAUUAGCUUGCUAGCUAGCUGGGUGAUAAAAGUGCGACGUUUCAUCCCCCGGUAUUUUGGAUAUGAAGAGGAUACUUCGCAAUUCAUAGGGCUGGAAGAAUGUCUUCAGAGGAUAAGACUGUGGAACCCUCUGACCAGGGACCCUCACCGCCCUCCAGCAGUGUUGGGGCCACGUCCACAGGAAGUCCUGGCCACGCAGACAAACGACCACGUGGAAGGCCGCGCAAGGAUGCUGCUGUCAUCCUACCGCAGGCGCCACUCUCAUCCACGUCCAAGAACAAGAAGAAGGGUCGCACCAGAGGGAGGGUUGUUGUGGAUGAGGAGGACAGCAUGGAUGGGACGGAGAUAACGGAGUCCAUAGGCCCUCAGGACACAGAUACACCAAUCCAGCCAGAGGAAAGUAUGGAAGUGGUGGCCACUGAGGCGUCAGAGGAGGACAAGCCCUCUCCUCCUCUGACCGACAGCCCUCCAGUCGACCUUUCUGCCGGAUCAUCUGUCCCAUCCAGUAUAGAAGACAAAAGCAGCGAGCGUCUCUGUGCCUUCUGUUACUGCGGUGGCCGUAGCCUGCUGGGUCAGGGGGAUCUGCAAGUAUUCAACACCACGCCUCAGCUUGAAGCACUCUUCAGCCACAAGGGUGGAGAGGGCUCGGCGAGCGAAAGCAGUGAUGGUGAAAAAACCACUCAGCCAAAAAUGGCCGGAGAGACCACCUCAGGACAGAGGGAGAAGACAAAUGGGUCUGAAGGCUGCGAGGAGGAACCAGACCCAGCCAGUCGAUUUUGGGAUGAACUUUCUCAUGUCGGCCUUCCACAAAAUCUUAACGUCCAGUCUCUCUUUGAGUCAGGGCAAUGCUGGGCACAUCAGAGUUGUGCCUUGUGGUCCGAGGGUGUUUGUGAGGGCGAGGGACAAUCUCUGCUUAAUGUGGACAGAGCCAUUGACUCAGGGAGCACAAAGCACUGUGCAUACUGUAAGCGCCUUGGAGCAUCCGUUAAGUGCUGUGCUGAAGGAUGUGCUCAACUCUACCAUUUCCCCUGUGCGGGGGCAGCUGGGACCUUUCAGGAUAUCAGGAGUCUCUCGCUACUCUGCCCAGAACACAUUGAACUGGCCAUUCACAAAUUUGUAGAUGAUGUAAAUUGCGCGCUGUGUGAUAGCCCCGGGGACCUACUGGACCAGCUCUUCUGCACCGGUUGCGGUCAGCAUUACCAUGGCAUGUGCCUGGACAUGGCCGUGACCCCUCUAAGGAGGGCAGGUUGGCAAUGCCCUGAGUGCAAAAUCUGCCAGACAUGCAAGAACCCAGGAGAGGACACUAAAAUGCUGGUGUGUGACAUGUGUGACAAAGGCUACCAUACCUUCUGUCUGCAACCUGCUAUAGACACGCUUCCCACCAACGGAUGGAGAUGUAAGAGCUGCAGAGUAUGCAUCCAAUGUGGAACUCGGACCAGCGGGCAGUGGCACCACACCAGCCUGCUGUGUGAGAACUGCGUCCAAAACCAGGACCCGGCUCUGUGCUGUUCAAUGUGUGCCUGCAUCCUGGACCCUGAGCAUCACAAAGACUUACUCUUCUGCCAGACUUGUAAAAGAUGGCUACACCUGGAGUGCGAGCGUCAGAACUCAGGCCAAACAGAAAUCCAACCCAGAGAGGACUACGUUUGUUCCAACUGCAAGUCUCCUGCUGCAGAGCAGGCGCUACAGGCAGAGGAUAUGGACACCGGCCCAGAGCUCAGCCCUCAGCCAGCCUCCAUGCACACAGACUCUGAGACUGGUCUACAGCUGGCUCUAAAGCACACGGACCUAGAACCUGGCACUGCGCGGCCUCCUGAAAUGCACAAUGACCCCAAACCGGAAUUACUUGCUGUUUCAUUGCACUCGGAUCCAGAGCCUGAUCAGGCUACCGUCCAGGAGGAGAAGCUGGCCACGUCAGCCCAGAAGCCUGAAGUCUCGGUGGGUGCAGACGUUGAGAUGCAGGUUACUGAACCUUCUGUUAACAACAUCCUAACAGAAUUCAAACAAGAGACAAAACCAGCAGCGAGGGCCCCGCUUACAUCCUCAGAGAGUCCUGCGUCUUCAGAGACUCCCAGCCAGGAGUCAUGUCCAGCCCAGCUCUCUCUGGAGGCACUACAGACACAGGACACCACGUUACAAAUCAAACCAGCAAAGACAGAGGCCUGCCCCGAGCAGGGCAUGGCCAACCCCAGCACAAAGGAUUUUAAGGCCAUCAUCUCAACCACCAAAGAACCAAGUACUGCAUCAGUACCUUUCACGGACCAACCAACGGUAGUCUCGCUACCCCAGCCUUUGAGUAUGGAUGUAGUCAGGGCUUCAUUCCUGGAAACUGCUCCAGAGGAACUUAACAAGGAGAGGAUGGAGGGUGUUUUUCACAUGAACCCAGCAGAGACUGUUAAGGCCUCAGCCUCUAGCACACCAGAGGAGAUGUACACUACCCUCGAGAGCCAUCUGUCCUUUCCCAGCCUGCCUUCAGAGGACAAACCACUCAAGACAUCUGUGGAAAGGUUGGCGGAAAUGGUUUCCUCUCCUUGCCACUCGUCCCCUCUGGCUCGAGGGACAUCUCCCAGAGAACUACCCCACACCCAGAUCUUACCUUCACUGGGGGACCACAGCUGUGUAAUACCCACCACCACCCUUAUACCACUCACCCCCAAGAUUGGAAUGGGAAAACCAGCCAUCACAAAGAGGAAGUUUUCCCCCGGGAGGCCGCGAGUAAAACAGGGUGCAUGGAGCCCCCAUAGCAGUGUGAGCUCUCCCUUGUCCUGGUCACCAGACCAGCCAGAGGGGUGGGACGUCCCAAAGACCAGGCAGUCCUCUGGCAGCCCCAGCUGGAGCAUCAGAGUGGGUCGCGGCUCAGGCUUUCCUGGGAGGAGGAGACCCAGAGGGGCUGGUCUGUCAGGUAGAGCUGGACGUGGACGGGCCAGAGGCAAGAAUGGAGUGAGUCCCGGAAUGAACCCUGGGAUCACCACAAUAGAAACACCCUACCCAGUCAAGGAUGAGGAGGAGAACGCCAUGCAUAACACAGUGGUCAUAUUUUCCAGCAAUGACAGUUUCACGCUCAAACAGGACAUGUGUGUGGUGUGUGGGAGUUUUGGCCUUGGUGCAGAGGGCCGUCUUUUGGCCUGCGCUCAGUGUGGCCAGUGUUAUCAUCCAUUCUGUGUUGGCAUAAAGAUCAACAAGGUGGUGCUGAGUAAAGGCUGGCGCUGUCUGGAGUGUACUGUAUGUGAAGCCUGUGGUCAGGCCACAGAUCCUGGCCGCUUGCUGCUGUGUGAUGACUGCGACAUCAGCUAUCACACUUACUGCCUGGACCCUCCGCUGCAGAACGUGCCCAAGGACAGCUGGAAGUGCAAAUGGUGUGUGUCCUGUACCCAGUGUGGUGCCACUACCCCGGGCCUAAGGUGUGAGUGGCAGAAUAAUUACACUCAGUGUGCCCCCUGUGCCAGCCUUGCAACAUGCCCCAUCUGCCUGCUGGACUACAGUGAAGGCACUGUAAUUGUGCAAUGUCGCCAAUGUGACAGAUGGUUCCAUGCAUCUUGUCAGGGUCUCCAUUCAGACAAUGAUAUAGAAAAAGCUGCAGACAGUAGCUUCGACUGCACGAUGUGCCGGUCUUUCAAAAACACUAAAGUUGUGACCAAGGCCAGAGACACCAUUGAGCCUGUACUUAUGACGCAGAUCGUCUCAAAGGCUAAAGAAAUAGAUCUGUCGAGGACCUACACCCAGGAUGGUGUUUGUUUGACAGAGUCGGGGCUUUGCCAGCUCCAGAGCUUGUCUGCUACAGCGUCACGGCGCAGGAAACCCAAGCCGAAGCUGAAGCUGAAGAUUAUUAACCAGAACAGUGUGGCGGUGCUUCAAGCUCCUGUGGAUCCCCUCUCAGAGCUCUCUCGUGAUGAAGACAUAGAGGACAACAGAGAGGCGGAGCUCCUAGAUUGUGAGGCAAAGUCUGACUCUAGCCUGGAGAGAGAGCCAGCAGAAGAGGACUCCAAGGGGGCCGACGGCGGCAAGAAGAGGAAGAGGAAACCGUACCGGCCGGGCAUUGGUGGGUUCAUGGUCCGCCAGAGGAGCCGUCCAGGUCAAGGUCCAGGCAAAGCCAAACGAUCUCUCAGCAGAAAGGAUUCCAAUGGCUCAGAGAAUACCUUUGGAAAAGAUGAGGCAGGAUGGUCAGAGGCUCUGCCUGAUACUCCUGUGGAUGAGACGCCCCCUGGACCAGAAGUCCCAGAAAAAAUAAAGAAGCGCUACCGGAAAAAGAAAACAAAACUGGAGGAAGCUUUUCCCGCCUACCUGCAGGAGGCGUUCUUCGGAAAGGACUUACUGGACAAAAGCAAGCAGAGCAGGCAACAGGGCGGGGAAUCAGGCUUACUGGAAGAAGGGCAGAGCCAAGGGGAGAGGAAGAACCCCACCACCAGCUUCCUGGACCCUUCGUCAGACCCUCUGCUCAGCGCCUCCGCAACAUCCCUUCACACCAGACAAGCAGCACAGACGUCUGAGGAACCAUUAGUUGAUCUUUCUGAUGUUCUGAACAGUGAUGCAGACAUCUUGGGAAUGCUCGGAAAGCCAAGCAGUGACUCUGGUCUUGAUUUUUGCCCCUUCCAGGUUGACAGCUCACCUCCUCCUUUUGCUGGUCUGGACAUUGGGCCCCUGACAGACAGCUCCCCAGUGUCGCUCCAGUCUCACGGUGGCCGCAGGACUCCUCGAACCCUCCAUGAGGAACACCUGGACGGAAUUCUCAGCCCGGAGCUGGACAAGAUGGUCACUGAUGAAUCAAUCCUCAGCAAACUUUACAAAAUUCCAGAGCUCGAGGGCAAAGACGUGGAGGAUCUCUUCACAGCAGUUCUUAGCCCCAGCACAAGCCAACCUCCUCCACCACAGUUGCCUCAUCCCCAGGGUCCAGGGCCCCUCCCUGCCACACCUGGCACUAGUAUGCCUCACCCCAACACAGGGAAUCCCAUGUUUCCGAGGAUGCCAAUGAUCAAUGGUAUGAUGGGACCUAACCAACGCUUUCCUACAAAUCCAGGAGCAGGACCCUGCGUCCCAGAAAAUUUCUCCCCCCUUAACCGUAUGCCUUUCAAUGACAAUCCAAGGGAUAGAAAGUUUAAUCAGAUGCCUAGAGAGGCAGUUGGUCCAUGGUCCUCCCCUGCCCAUGGCUCCGGCCCUUCAACCCCUGGACCUCUACCUGAAGGGGAGACUGAAGCCAUGUCAAAUGCCCAAAGGAGUACACUCAAGUGGGAGAAGGAGGAGACACUUGGAGAGCUCGCCACUGUAGCACCCGUCCUAUAUACCAAUGUUAAUUUCCCCAACCUAAAGGAAGAAUACCCAGACUGGUCUACAAGAGUAAAGCAAAUUGCUAAACUGUGGAGGAAAGCUAGUUCACAAGACAGGGCCCCAUAUGUGCAAAAGGCAAGAGAUAACCGAGCAGCCCUGCGCAUCAACAAAGUCCAGAUGUCGAAUGAGACGGUGAAGAGGCACCAUCCCCAGCAACAGCCCCCUGAGGUGUUUGAUCCCAACAUACCACUAGACACAGAACUGCUGUUUAAAGACCCUUUGAAACCAAAAGAGUCAGAGCAUGAACAAGAGUGGAAGUUUAGACAGCAAAUGAGGCAGAAGAGCAAACAGCAAGCCAAAAUUGAAGCCACUCAGAAAUUGGAACAAGUAAAGAAUGAGCAACUCCAGCAACAACAGCAGCAGCAGUUAGAUGGAGAAGGCAGCAACAGUGGAAACCAGAGCCCAGCCUCCCAGCCCAGCAAUGGCAGCAUGUCCCCCAUGCAGCCCCUCAAUUCUAAAGAUGGCUUUGCCAGGCCACAGCUACCAGGGACGCCCACUUCUGGUGCCCCAGAGGAUGUGUUCCUACGGCCUCCUCCUCCACCUCCCUCUGGCUCUUCCUCCCAACCUCAGUCCCCUCAGGUAUUCUCCCCAGGUUCCUCUGGCUCCAGACCUUCUUCUCCAUGGGACCCAUAUGCCAAGAUGGUUGGAACCCCAAGGCCGCCAACUCUUGGGCCAAAUGCAUGUCGCAGAAUGUCUGUUGAAUCUGGUAAAUCUCCCACGUCCUUGAUGGAGCAGCAGGACAGAGGGAGGCCCUCUCCUGCUCAUGAAUCUUUCGGCUCUCCAACAUCCAUGAGCAGUGACCCGUAUGCCAAACCUCCUGACACUCCAAGGCCAACAAGUGAAAUGGACCCUUUCCUAAAGCCCAUGGGUCCCCCCAGAGCCAGUCAGGCUGCUCAGGGAAGGCCCCCAAUGGGUUCUCCAGGCAGAGACCCAUACUCAAGACCCAUGAUAAGGACUGAGGCCUAUCAACGCAUGGCCCAGAACAGGAUGAUCUUGUCCGACCCUUACUCAAGGCCUUUACUAACGCCAAUCCCUGGAAGUAAUGAGUCUGGCUCGGUCCCUUUGUUCAAAACACCCAUGCCCCCUCCUCAGGCUCAGGAUCCGUUCAACAGACCAGGUCAAAAUCCUAAUGACAGGUUCUCGCAGAAUCUGCAGAAUGACCCCUAUGCUCAGCCUCCGCACACCCCGAGACCAUCUGGGAGCGACAACUUCACCAGUCCUCCUAGAAUGGGCCAGCAUCACCCUCAGGGCCAUCCAUUCGCUCAACCAGGACCAAUGACCCAGAUGUCUAGAAAUCCUUAUGCCCAUGCACCUUCCACUCCAAGGCCCGACCACUUCACAUACGACCCCUUUGCCCAGCCCUCCGGUCCCAACAAGUCAGGCGGUGACCCUUUCUCUCAGUCAACAGGAAACCAACGAUCCAAUGAACUCGGUGGUCAACCUCGGCCAUUUUUUGAGCCCUACGCCCGACCUCCCGGCACCCCGCGUCCACAUGACAACUAUGGUCAACCUUCAAACAACCUAUCCUCAGACCCUUACUCACAGGCUCCUUCCACUCCUCGUCCCAGUGGGAUGAACCAGUUCGCACAUCAGUCGCACCCUGGACAAAGGAUGUCACCUUCCCACUCGAUGGACCCUUACGCUCAGCCACCAGGUACUCCACGGCCCUCUAUGGGAGAGAGGUUUUCUAACCAGAGGGGGCCAAUGGAGCCAUUUACAAAUACACCUGCAACAUCAAGGCAGGGAAGUAACGACAUGUUUUCCCAGCCUGGGGUCCCAAGACAAAUGCUCAAUGACCCGUAUGCCCAGCCUCCAGGGACCCCACGGCCUGGUCCUGAUAUGCUCAGCAGACAAGGGCCAAGGCAAGGACUAAUGGGAAGCCAGGAUAUGUUCUCCCCACCUCAAGGCAGACUUCAUGAGUCUUUCCAUCAUCCAGGCUCACAAACACCGAAACAUCCUGGUGUUUCAGAAGAUGGCUUCAUGCAGUCACCCUCCAGAAGACCAAGUCAGACACCGGGCCAUGAUCCGUAUGAGCAAGCACCCAUGACCCCUCGUCCACAGUCAAUGGAGAAAAUGGAAAUCAAAGAUCAGUCAUGUUUGGGAAACAACGGAACUGCCUCUCAAGAUCUAGGCCAACUCUCCAAAAACCUACAGAUGCAUGGUGCUCCCACUGAUGCUCAGGGUGUGGCUCUCGCUGAAAGUGAGGAGAGACUCCGACAGCGACAAAGAAUUAGAGAGCUAAUCCUCAAGCAGCAGCAACAGAGAAUUGCUAUUCGGCAGGAGAGGGGCCCUCAGGAUCCUGUUGGCAACAUGACCCCAGGAACACCACGUCCCUGGCCCCAGGAGGGCCCUGGGCAACAGGGGGAAAUGUUCAACCGACCUCCUCCUCCUUAUCCUGGACAGGGACCCAUGAGAGGGCCAAUGCGGUUUCCUGGACCUUUUCCAGGCGAUCAGCGUGUCCCUUUCCCUAAUGAGGGACAACUCCCCAGGGGCCCACAUCCUGGAGAUCCUAAUCUGAGACAUCAGGGACCAAGGUUUGCAUUUCCACCCGGGGUUGUAGGACCACAUGGAGCCCAAGAGUUUUUUCCCAGGGGGCAACACCCAAUGCAGGAAAUCCCUCCCCAAAUGAGACGGUCCAUGUCUGCUGAAAUGGCAAAGAGCAUGGGAGGCAACCCUAUGGGGCUGCCCCAGCACUUCCCACCACGUGGUAUGCCAGUGCAGCAGCACAACAUAAUGGGCCAACCGUUCAUUGAGCUGCGACACAGAGCUGGAGAAAUCAGGUCACGCAUGCAAUUUCCCCCUGGAGCCAUGCAAGGAGGCAACAUGGAUCCCAUGAUGCAGGGUCAAAGGCUACCAGGCUUUCCAGGAGGACCUGAUUCCAGGUUCCCUAUAAACCAGGGUCCCAGAAUGGUAGACCCCAUGGCCAGCCACUCUGGCCAUGCACAGCUGUCUGCAAGCAUGGAAAAUAUUCAUCAGCAUGCCCAAAUGUCAGGAAACCAAGCAUUCAGGCAAUCUCAUUUGAUGAGAUCCAUGAGCCAGCCUGCUUCCAAUGAGACCCAGAACAUGGCAGCAUCUAUGAUCCUGACUGCACCCCCUGCUGGGCAGACUGAGAAUGUCUCAGCGUCAGGCAGUGAAAAUGUAGAGGAGAAACUUGAUGCAGAAGAAUCAGCAGUCAAAGAUCUUGAGGAUGUGGAAGUAAAAGAUCUGGUAGAUGCUGACUUGGACAACCUAAAUUUGGAUCCUGAUGAUGGCAAAGACCUAGAUCUAGAGACAAACGACCUACACCUUGAUGACUUCCUAACAUCUGGGAAAUUUGACAUCAUUGCAUAUACAGACCCUGACCUUGAUGACAUCAAGAAAGACCUGUUUAAUGAGGAACUGGAUCUCAGUGAUCCUAUGGACGAUCAUGCCGACAACACAGACGUCAACAAAAACUCAAGCACAGGAACUGAGGCGUCAUCCAGUUCAGCAUCUGUUCUGGCAAAAUCAGAGGCCUCAGAUGAGCAGUCCUCUGCUGAAGUCAAGCUGGAAGCUCUGGGAAGUAAGGACUCUUCUUCUUUGGCACCUGGGCAACAAAUUAAAACCGAGGUUAGGGACUGUAAGAAAUCCCCUGUGGCAGACCAACAACCCACCGGAAACACCUUAACCUCAAACCAGCAGGGAAUGCUCUCUGACUCCACCCCGGUCCUGUCUAGUUUACUCAUUAAACAGCAGCCCGAGGAGCAGUCAUUAAAUCCAAUCGGUGAAUCCGUCAGUCAAGGAGGUAACCUCAUGCCCCAGCAGAACCAAGUCACUGACACUCAGCACAACUCGGGACUAACAGUACCCAACGCCACCACUGCAGAAGACGAUUCUAUGAAUGAUUUUGGGCUGGAUCAGAGCGGGUUGACCCCGGCCCAGCAGGCAGCGUUGAACCAGGCACUUGGUCAGCAGGGGCAGCUGAACCGUCCUCUUCUGCUAGAGGAGCAGCCGCUCCUACUGCAGGACCUUCUGGACCAGGAGAGGCAGGAGCAACAGCAGCAGAGACAGAUGCAAGCCAUGAUACGACAGCGUUCCAGCGACUCCUUCUUCCCCAACAUUGAUUUUGAUGCCAUCACUGACCCCAUAAUGAAAGCAAAAAUGGUCGCCCUGAAAGGCAUCAACAAAGUCAUGGUUCAGAACAACAUGGGAAUGACCCCAAUGGUCAUGAACAGAUUUCCUCCUGGUCCUGCUGCACCACCUCCUGAAAGCACACCACUUCCUCCACAAGUUCUUGGACAGGAUGGUAAAUUGACACAAGUAUCAAGACCGAACCCUCCAAACUUUGGCCCAGGAUUUGUCAACAAUGCUCAGAGGGCUCAGUACGAGGAGUGGCUCCAGGAGACUCAGCAACUACUUCAAAUGCAGCAGAAGUUUCUGGAAGAGAAGAUUGGGGCUCACAGGAAGUCUAAGAAAGCCCUGUCUGCCAAGCAGAGAACAGCUAAGAAGGCAGGGAGAGAAUUCCCCGAGGAGGACGCCGAGCAGCUCAAACAUGUCACAGAGCAGCAGGGUGUAGUGCAGAAACAACUGGAGCAGAUCCGCAAGCAGCAGAAGGAGCAUGCUGAACUUAUAGAGGAGUACCGGGUAAAACAGCAGCAAAACAAUCUGACACCCAUAAUGCCUGGGAUGCCCCAAAUGCCGGGCCCUGCUGCCAUGGUCCCCAGUGGACCCCCUAUGAAUCCCAUCAUGCAGAUGCCUCUUCAUCCUGGCCCGCCCAAUUCAGCUCCGUGUAUGCCCAACCCACCACCUGGCUGGCAUCCAGGUGCUCCUUUGCCCAUGGCUGGACCGGGAAUGCCCCCUAUAAUGCCCCCCCAGGUACCUGUCGGAAAUCCAGGCCAACCUCUUCAGAUGCCAAUGGGUAAUUUACCUCAACACCCACAAAUGCCUGUGGAUCCCCAGGCACCACCAGCUCCAUCAGCGGGUGUAAAACCCAUGCAGUCAGGUGGUAUGAAGUUUGAUGACAACAAUCCAUUCAGUGAAGGCUUCCAGGAGCGGGAGAGGAGGGAGAGGCUUAGGGAGCAGCAGGAGAGACAGCGGGUGCAGCUCAUGCAGGAAGUUGAACGUCAGAGGGCCCUGAAACACCGUAUGGAAAUGGAGCAGCAAGGGAUGCUGGGGCCGGAUAGCAACAUGGCGCCUCUUACUCAGAUGCCAUUUUUUAACACAGACCUGCCACAGGACUUCAUGCAGCCCCAACGGCCUCCUAUGCAGCAACAGCAACAACUGGCACCAAUGUUCCCCCAGCAGCUGGGCAUGCAGCCGGGCAUAGGCUCGCCACCUGGGACCUUUAUGCAGGGGGAAAGGAGGGCCAUGAUGGGCAAUGGGAUGAUGCCCCGUGACAUGGGGCCUGGUUUUGGGCCUGAUAAUCUUGCCCUUCAAGCACCUAAUUUCCCCCAGGGUCAACCAAGACCUCGCCAGUUCAGUGGACCAGGAAUGAUGCUUCAGAUGUCAGGUGAGGGUCCAUUUGGAGUCGACUCUUCUACACCUCUGCCGUCCAACUUCCCGGGCUCAGGUCAGUCUCUGAUCCAACUCUACUCCAACAUCAUCCCAGACGAGAAGGGGAAGAAGAAAAGAAACCGCAAAAAGAAGAAGGAUGAUGACGCAGACUCAGUCAAGACGCCUUCUACUCCACACUCAGACCUCACAGCCCCUCUCACACCAUGUGUGUCGGACACCUCCUCAACUCCAACCAGGAACACCCAUCUAUUCGGUGACCCGGACUUGUCAAGGUCCCCCUUACUGGGAUCUUCCACCCCGAGUCACUCAGAGCUGGAGAGGCAGCUCUCUGGAGGCCAAUCCGGACACCCUGGUCUCUUAUCAGAUAUGGCAAGAGCCCAGGCUCAGGAACAUGACAGGAUCCUCAGCAACAUAAAGCUGGAGCAGACUGAUGCCAGCGAGUGUCAUGGGCCACGGGAUGGGCACAUCGGCUCAGGAAUGAGCUCUGUGAAGGAGGAAGGCAAUAAAGGGAGUGGGUCUCCCUUCACUGCAGGGCAAAGUCCAAACAAGGGGGAGACUGGAAAUGAACUACUGAAACACCUACUGAAAGACAAGAGCACACCUCCACCGGGAUUCUCCCAGCAGAGGUCGGAGGAGAGCAUUCGCUCAGAGGAGGACGAGCUGGCGGACUGCAAAGCCCUGCUGAGGCAAAGCUCCAUGGACAGCAAUGGGGCGUACUCGGAUGGCACUCAAGACUUUUCUGGCCCUGUGCUCCCCGAACAGGAGAAAAAGAAAGGAAGGAACAAAAGGGCUCCGAAAGGAGGAGAGAAACCUGCCUCGCGCUACAAGAAGAGGAAAAAGGAAGGGGAUGAGAGGCAACUAAUGCACUCAGGGCCUGACACUGUAAUGACCCAAAUCAAACAGCAGCUCUCCCUGCUGCCCCUCAUGGAGCCUCUGAUUGGUAUCAACUUCGCCCAUUUCGCUCCCUAUGGCAGCGGUCAGCUGAACGGAGAGAGCCUCCUGUCUGGUACAUUUGGCAGCGCCUCACUCGAUGGAGUCUCCGACUACUACUCCCAGCUGGCCUACAAGCAGAGUAACCUGAGCAAUCCACCGACACCACCAGCAUCUCUUCCUCCCACCCCACCACCUGUGAACCGACAGAAAAUGAUCAAUGGAUUUGCUACGACAGAGGAGCUGGCCAGCAAAGCUGCUGCUAUGGUGUCCAAAGGCCUGGUCCCAAAGCCGCUGCAUGUCCCAUUCAGGACUGAGGAAGACCUACUAGCCAGGGCCAUUGCACAGGGGCCCAAAACUGUGGAUGUCCCGGCCUCCCUUCCCACCCCUCCUCACAACAACCAGGAGGAGCUGAGCAACAGAGGACAGGAGCCUUGCAAAGAAAGGGAUACCCCAGACAGUUUUGUUCCAUCCUCUUCUCCUGAAAGCGUUGUUGGCAUGGAGAUCAGUCGCUACCCUGACCUGUCUCUGGUGAAGGAGGAGCCUCUGUCCCCCUGCCUGUCGCCUGUCCUCCCCAUGCUUCCUGCUCCUGAUGGGAAAGGGUCAGAAAUCAAACUCCAGGUUAUCAAAACAGAGCCUUCUGCAAUGUUCUUCGGCUCCCCCUUUGGCUCCAUGUCUAAUGAUUCCAAACAAGGCCUGGUGUCUGUAGCCAUCACUAUGAGACCAGCUGCAGCAGAGAACAUCACGGGUGUCGUGGCAGCCAUUUCAGACCUACUAGGCGUGAAGAUCCCCAGUAGCUACGAGGUCAGUAGCACUCCAGACAGAGGGCCUCUUUCUAUACUCGCUGGUCCAAGGAUGGGCCCCCUAGGCAUGGAGCCUCGGCCUCCUAUGCUGUUCCACGGACAAGGAGACAAUGGCGGGCUGCAAGGACGCAUAGGACAUAUGAUAAGACACGGCGGACCUCAGGCCAUGAUGCAACAGCAGCAGGCACAUCAUUUCCGUUUCCAUCCCAACAGCCCAGGCGCAGCUCUGGCUCGAGGACCUGACCAGAGGACGCCUGCCAGCCCUGGAUGUAAACCGCAUUGGUGCUGCCACUGUAAGGUGGUGGUUCUCGGGAAUGGAGUGCAGAAAUCCAUCAAAGAUCUCCCCGCCCACAUGAAGGAAUCUGGAGGCCGUUUUAAAUCUGAAGAUCUGGUCUUCUGCAGUCACAGCUGCUUCCUUCUCUACUGUUCCUCAUCACCCGUACAAUCCAGGUCAACCACAGAAACCAAGGAAUCAGUGUCCCUUCUCCCUUCUUGCGAGCAAACGGAAAGCCUUUCUAAAACUUCCCACCAGUACAACAACAACAUGUCAUCGCUGGACGUUCAUUGCCUGGCUCAGCUUCAGCCCAAGCAGUCUCCCCCCUCUACUCCUCCUAUUCCCUUCCCCAUGGCAGGCGGUACACCCAAGAUGGAGAUGAAGUCCGAUGCCAUCAAAGUCACGGUGAAGCUGAAGGCUCGGCCUAGAUCCCAUGAAGGCUGGCACCAGGGGAAGAGACAGAAGGGACUCCGUUGGAGGAAGUGGACGGUCCAGGUCGUAGUGCCGAGAGGGAAUUCCCAACUCCCAGAUGAAGAUAAGAUCGACGAGCUCCUGAAGAAGCUCGGGGCCUCGCUGCGCCCUCCUGUCUCUCUGCGGGACCACAGGCGCUGCUGUUUCUGCCACCAGUUCGGAGACGGGAUCACCGACGGCCCUGCCCGACUUCUCAACCUAGACCUGGAUGUGUGGGUGCACCUAAACUGUGCCCUGUGGUCCACUGAGGUGUACGAGACGCAGGCCGGCGCCCUCAUUAACGUGGAGCUCGCCAUGCGACGCGGCCAAACGGUGCGCUGCGCCUACUGCCAGCAGAUCGGAGCAACGAGCGGCUGCCACCGCCUCCGCUGCACCAACGUCUACCACUUCACCUGCGCUCUGCAAGCCCACUGCACCUUCUUCAAGGACAAGACCAUGCUGUGUCACGCCCACAGGCCCCGGGGAACAGCCGGACAAGCGCUGGAUCAUGAGCUGCGUUGUUUCGCUGUCUUCAGGCGUGUCUACGUGCAAAGAGACGAGGUGCGUCAGAUUGCCACGGCUGUGCGGCAGCCUGAGCUAGGCUACACCUUCAGAGUCGGCAGCCUGGUGCUGCACGCAAUCGGCCAACUCACCCCUGUACAAAUGGCAGCCUUCCACUCCAACACGGCCAUCUUUCCAGUUGGCUACGAGGCUUGCCGCAUCUACUGGAGCAUGCGUCAUGGCAACCACCGAUGCCGCUACGUCUGUUCUGUUGAGGACAGGGAGAAUGUGCCGGAGUUUUCCAUCAGAGUCAUCGAGCAGGGCUACAAAGACCUGGUCCUGACCGACAGCUCUGCUAAAGGAGUGUGGGACAAAGUUCUGGGUCCUGUUUCUGAGAAAAGAAAUGAAGUCGGCACUCUGAAGCUCUUCCCUGUUUACCUGAAAGGAGAGGACUUGUUUGGCCUCACAGUCCCUGCAGUCACCAAGAUCUCUGAAUCGCUCCCAGGAGUAGAGGCUUGUGUCAGGUACUCGUUCCGUUACGGACGCAACCCUCAUGUGGAGCUGCCUCUCAUAUUCAAUCCAGCCGGCAGUGCUCGCGCCCAGCCAAGAACCAGCACUCCCUUCAUGUCGCUGGUGAUAAGGCCACAUCCACAAGCUGUAUCCAGCAGCAGUGCCCGGUCUAACCAGAAUGUGGCCCAGGGAGAAGGUGGCGCCCCCCAUAGCAAGCCUCCGGUAAAUCACCCCAGGUCUUCUCAGUACCGCUGGAUGAAGAGUGAGUGGAGAGCCAAUGUCUACCUGGCCCGCUCCCGCAUUCAGGGCCUGGGGCUGUUUGCUGCGAGAGACAUUGAAAAACAAACUAUGGUGAUCGAGUACAAUGGAACCGUCCUCCGAAAUGAGGUCGCCGUCAGCAAGGAGAAGAUUUACAAAUCCCAGAACCGAACAGUGUUCAUGUUCCGCAUCGGCAGCGAACACAUUGUGGAUGCCACUCGAACUGGAGGGCUAGCAAGAUAUAUCAACCACUCUUGUGCCCCCAACUGUGUUGCUGAGGUGGUCACAUUUGAACGGGGUUACAAAAUCAUCAUCAGCUGCAAUCGCAGAGUUGAAAAAGCAGAGGAGCUCUGUUUCGACUACCAGUUUGACACUGUGGAGGGUCAGAACAAGAUUGCUUGCCUCUGUGGAGCUCCUGAAUGCAGGAAGUGGAUUAACUGAGGAAACGACAAACUUAAAUGCAUUCCUUGCUAGAGAGUGUGGAUGCUGUUAUCUCUGCCGGGAGAAAAAAGGCUUCACAUUAAAGUCAUUUUCUGAAUGAGCAGAAGGCCUGAGCCCUGAGAGAGAUAAAUGCAUUUACAUGUGGGUUCAUCGAGAAGAUGGAGAGGGAAACGGCUGGAGUAAGGGAAAUGUAACACAGUAGCAGGAUGUGACUCGUGCCAUAUGUGAGGGGCUCUGUUGUAUGAGGUGCCUCUGUGUGUCUGUAUGUGUCUGUGCGUCUGUUUGGUGUACAUGGGGGUGCGGAAUCCACCAGCGAAUGAGAAAGCACUGUGCAGGGUGCGGCCUUAUUGCUUACUAAGGGCAGGCCCUUUUGUUUCAUACUGUCAAUGUAUACCGUAUGACUAAAUGUAGACAUCACUGAAUGAGGAAUGUACAGCAAUGAAUACCGCGAAGGGAAUAUUAACUUGCACUAAAAAAAAAGAAAAUAUACAAAAAAACACACACACGAAAACUUUUUAAAUACUUGAUUCCAUGAGUCAGUUUUAUCAUAGGUCUCUGUCAUGUGAUUUGUGUGGAAUUCGAGAGGUUUUGUAUUUAUUACUGAGUGAAUGAAUUUUAUUCUCAAAAUGAUGAGACUGAGUUAAAGAAGGCUUUUGUUUUUGAAGAUUGAGGAAGACAUGCUGUUACUAUUGUAUAAAUGUACAUAAAGAAAACUAUAGGAAUAACCGACCAAAUACUACCUUAACCUUCUCGAUGUUUGGGUGUUUUUAAAUUGUUUUUGUUCCGUUUGUCAUUGAAAUUUAUUUAAGAUGGAUGUUAUUUCAGUUUGAGAGUAUAUAUUAUGAUUAUUCUGUACAGAAUUUGUAAUAUAACCACAAUAAUUCACAAAGUAUUUUUGUUGUAUUAAAAGUAAGGUAUUGUAGCGUAGUGUUUUGUGACUUACACAUGCUUUGACCACUCAAAAAAAGAAAUAUUUUUGUUGACUAACGUAACGAGUUAUCAGUUACAGGAUCAAGGAAAAAAGACUCUUCAAAUAGUGAGAGAUCAGUGUGAUCUGUUUGCUGUUAAUCAGGUUUGAUUUUAAAGAACUGUGAAUUAGGUUUUGAAACCCAAAAAUGACUUUUUAACUUUUUAACACGGAUAGAAACACCGACAUGUAUUUACCUGUUUUUUGUUUUUACAUUGCUUUUAAAAUAAGGUGCAAACGUCUAAUGAUAUUGUGCGUUAGACGAACCAGUGUGUGACAGGAAGAAUCGUAAUGGGGAACUCGUGUUUGGAACCCGGAGGUUGUUCUACCUUUUGUUUUUGGACAGAAAUGGCAUUCUCCUUAAUCAGAAAUAUUUCUUAUACUGACACUUCACAAGUCACAUGCUUAGAAACGGAAGAGUCUUUGCGUGCACAAUUUCAAGUCGACUGUAAAAUUUUGGAGACAGUCCUAGAACUUGUAAUGUAUAUGGCAUGUAUUUUUUUAACUUUCCGAAGACUCAAUUGUAUAUAUUUUCUCAAUGAAUGGUUGUAACAAAAUUGUUUCUUGGAUAUUUUUCUUCUCUUGUAUGAUAUUACAUCAUCCUGCCAGUGUGUUUGUGCUACAUUUUCUUGGUUGUGUAGUCAGAUUUUUAUUUCAUUUCCUUUUUUUUUUCUCUUUUUUUUUGAAAAUGCCUUUUGAAGUGUACAGAGUAUGAGGUUUGGAGUUUGUGGAAUUGAAUUUAGAAACAUUUACAAAAAUAAACUAUUUUACAUGUUAA